CAACACCACUUCAAUCGCCCGGCUUUGUUCAAUCACCACUAUGGUUUGCCACGCCAGCAUGUAAAAUGUAGUUGUCGAUAUUUUCUUGUUCACCAUGAGCUCUUCACCGGUCGACGCAAGGUCUUUUUUCCAUCAUCCUGAACCCGAGCAGACAUCUCCGCGCCCUCAUCAAUCUCGGCCUUCUCAAAGCUCGCCACACAGACCCGCGCAACCUCCACGUCUUCCUUCUUCACCGAGACUCUUCCGUGACUUUUUCACUAACAUGUCCGAUACUGCCUCUCGAAGACAAGCAACACUUCCUCUCGCAAACUACCAAGAGACCGUCCAAGACGUCAACCAAGCUCUUCGACGGGCGACCCGGGCAAUACAAGGAGCGCAGGACGCUCUGCACCGACAAGCCAGAAGAAACAGACCAGACAGCGAGGCUGUUGACUUGACCAACACUAGCCCGCCAGAAAACUCAUCAGAGUCUCGUUUUAUGUCCCGUACCACACAUCCUCACGACGCCUCAUCAAGUGCGGGUGCAAGACUUAGAAGAUUAAACACCACCCUCGACGAACCCGUCUACGGCUCACAUUCACAUUCACAUUCACACUCGCACUCACACUCACAUUCCGCUGCUCUUCUCGACGCCAACGAUCCCCUCGCCCUGUUGAGGCUAUUUCCCGUCCAAAACCCUCAUAUACCUCGACUCCCUCAUCUCCAAGCCGAUCAUAACAGGAUACAAGCCAUCGUUGAUCAAGAGGCGAUCAACCGCCAGAGAGAAAAUCAUUCAAAUUGGGAACGAACACAGGCCCGAAACCGUGAACGAGUCCUCAGUACACCCCAAGAUCCCUCUCCCGAAAUGUCUCCUCCAGCCUUCUCGUCUUCGUCACGGAGCACGCGGCAAGAUGCAAGUUCACCAGUCGAAGAUCCUACGAUAGAGUCCGUAGAUCUGACCGGUGUCGACGACAACGCCACGCUUUCUUCAGCCCUCGCCAAACAACGUCAAGAUGCAAUUUUCGCUCAGAACCCGGGCACAGAAGCCGGUCGAACGGCCUUGACCGCCUACAAAUGUCCGGUAUGCAUGGACACACCUACGGACGCCACAACCACGAUAUGUGGCCAUGUCUUCUGCCAUCGCUGCAUCUCAGACACGCUGAACUGGUCAAUUGAACAACGGCGCGAGGACGCUCCCCCGAACCGCAAAGUUAAAGGCGUUUGCCCGGUUUGCCGGAAACAGCUGGAUACCAAGGAUAGUCCCGGGACCACUAGGAGUCUGGUACCGCUCGAGCUGAAGUUGAUGGUGCGGAAGAGGAAGAGAGACGACAAGGGCAAGCAGAAACUCGUCAAAGCCGAAACAUUGAGCGAUGAUGAUGACGACGAGGACGAAGUCAAGGCUUAUGGGAAGGGAAAUAUCCGCGCUGGAAAGGCCAGGAAGCGAGAAUCGACAGAGGAUGCAUUGUGGGGAGCUUUCAUGGCUGACAAUUGAUUGUUGCUAUGGACUUUUCGGUGGCCAGGGGUUGGCACCAGCUCUUCCUUUUUUCAUCUUCCUAAUGAUACCCACGAAGUACUGCAUCUGCGCAGAAUGGACCGGCGGACAUACAUAGUCGUUAAUGAGCGAUACAACGUUGACAAACAGAUCUUUUUCAAUAACAAAGUACGACUGCAUUCCUCUCAACAUGGGGGCCACCUUGAAUUGCAAGUCUUACUUCGUGAGAUAAAGCGUUUGCAUGUAGUAGGCCGAAUGUGCGACGGAACGAAAUUGGGGAGCCAAUCUCGAGCAAAAAUGGCACAUCAGACAGGGAGUACAUCGACGAUGUAAGUUCAUGGUCCAGCAGUUCCGCGACAGUGGGUGCCUUGAAUCUAGACUAGUAGGAC